AUGGAUGGUGGUAGCAAGAACAACGGGAAGGGCAAGCAGAAGAAGAGACCGCCCCCCCAUCAAUACCGCCAUUGCGGCCAAGGUCAAGAACGAAGAUGGACCUGUUACAGGGGAUAUUCAUGUACCGAAUUGGAUAGUGACGACCCAAACCACUAUUUGAUCGCAACUGAAGUACGCCGCCAGGCUCAGGAAGCACCGGAGGAGCAAGCAGAUGAUCCGACAUCUCGGACCAGGAAAACAAAGUAUCCCCAGACAUUCAAGAAUAAAGAGGAACUUCAGGGCCUACAAAGUAAAGAAAAAGGGAAGGAAUACCCCGUAGUUCCUGGAAGAGGUCAGAACUGGGACCAGAUGUCCAAGGGAAGAUCCGGACCAGGACGGGUCAUUUUCAAUCCUGAUCCUGAGACCCGCAACCAGUUUGACAUGCUGUACCACUCUAGCAAGACGCCCGGGAAAAACUGCCAAGACUUCAAGUUCGCAAACUACAAGUCAUUCAAACCUUCAAGCAAGAGGAAGGAAGAUGCAAGCCAGGCUUUCCCAAGUAAGCAGGAUUCAAAUAAUCAACGCUCAAGCGAGACAAUGUCAAGCAAGAAAAAAUCCAGCAAAAAUUCGAGCAAGGAUGAUUCCAGCUUAGAAAAUUCCAGUUCGGAAGACUCAAGCUCGGAUGAUUCAAGCGACGAAGAUGCAAAGUCUUCGGAUUAA